UUUAACUAUUCUGAUAUUAUUGUUCUACCCUAAUUACAUUUACAUAUUCCAAUUAGGCCACAAAUUCUAAAUAAUUACAUUCUUUGUUGAACUCGAUCAAUCAUCUUCAUCUUUCUCCCUUUCGCUAUGAAGAUCAUCCUUUGAAUGCUUCUUUAUCGAUCAUAUAUUAUCCAGGUCAUUGUUUCAAAAUUCGAUCGAAUUUUCUAAUUUGCAUUUCAUUUAUUUGAUUCAAAACUUUUUUUUUUCAAUAUCAAAACCCCCAAAUCUGCUAUCUCUUCCCGAUCCGAAGAAGGGACAUCGUCACAAGGAAUUCCUCAUGGCCACGCGCUUAGCAGACGGAAGUGUCGACUACGCCCUAAUCUCAAUCGCGACGAAAGGAAGUAUGACGUCGUCUUCGACCAGCUCCAGUUUCCCGACACCGAGCGCAGCACCCACUUCUAUCCCGGUAACUACUCUAUUAUGCUCGCUGCUCUGUGGAACUCUACCACCGACGAGUUAUGGGCAAAAUCCCAACAAAAGUGGACGUGUUCAGCUUCGGGGUUGUCAUAAUGGAGCUGCUAACUGGCAUGAUGGCCCUCGGGCUCGAGGAAAGCCAGUAUCUGGUCCCUACUUAUGGCAAGUGAAAUCGAGUGUGGACAAGCUGUGGGGAUCCAUUGACACACCCCUGGAUGUCAAGGACGAAGCCCGCGAAAGCGUGUCCAUCUUGGCCAACCUCGCGGGCCACUGCACAGCUCGACCAAAUGGUGGAAGACUGGCAAGAGGCUGAGGGCAAGAACGUGAGUGAGCUACGUGGACCUCGAUGAUCUGUCGGGUUUGUCGAGUCCUUUACUUUGGUCGAUGGCCGUUAGGAUGGGUACUUUACAUCAGUAGGAUAAUGAUACAAAUAUAAGCGCAAUUACUAAUAAGAAAACAUAAAGCUCUCAAAUGUGUAGAUAUGGAACACCACCGAGAAUGCUCUCAAAUGUGGCUGAAGAAUGAUUCUUUGAAGGUCUACUUCCGAGCAGAUAUCGACUCAUUCAAUAAUGAUUCUUGGAAGGAAAUCGCUUGAACUUCUCAUCUCCUGUUGUGCAUCAGACAGACAGACAUGGUCAAUGCAUCAUACAUGGUUUAAAAAAAAAAAAACAUUAUAUUUUAAUAUUUAAAUAUAGAAUAAGAGCUUAAAAAAAUUUAUACUAUUUUCAGACUUUAGCUUUCCAUGA